ACAACUUUUCGUUUUCAUUCAUGCUGGCGGACGCGCUGCGGCACUAUAAGAAAAGUGUAACGCAUGGUUUGACGGUUGACAGUUGGAAACACGUGGUUUUCAGUAGUUUUCGGAAAAAACGAAAAAUGGGCGCGAACAAUCAAAAUUCGAACGGAGCCGGUGGUUCGUCUGAUAAGGGUGCCAUAAAGUUGAAGAAGGAGCUGGGUUUAAUAGAUGGAAUAGCCAUAAUCGUGGGUGUUAUUAUUGGGGCAGGAAUUUUCGUGUCCCCCAAAGGAGUAUUGAGGUAUUCCGGAAGUAUAGGACAGAGUAUUCUGGUAUGGAUUCUAUCCGGAGUAUUGUCCAUGAUUGGGGCUUUGUGCUACGCGGAAUUGGGUACUAUGAUACCAAAGUCUGGGGGAGACUAUGCUUACAUCAACGAAGCUUUCGGUCCACUUCCUGCAUUUCUGUACAUGUGGGUGGCCUUAUUCAUCCUUGUACCUACCGGAAAUGCCAUAACCGCUAUAACGUUCGCCCAGUAUAUUUUCCAGCCUUUUUGGGGAACCUGUGAGGCUCCAUUCCUUGCAGUGAGACUCAUUGCCGCGGCAACAACUUGCCUUUUGACUGUCAUCAAUUGUUAUGACGUUAAAUUGGUAGCAAGGGUGCAAGAGAUUUUCACUUGUACUAAGAUCUUCGCUUUGUGCAUCAUAGUCGGUGCUGGUAUAUACCAUUUGUGCAGUGGUCAUACGGAAUAUUUACAAUCACCAAUGACCGAUACAAAAUGGGAACCAGGAUACAUCGCCCUAGCCUUUUAUUCAGGAUUGUUCUCUUACUCAGGCUGGAAUUAUUUGAAUUAUGUUACUGAAGAACUGAAAGAUCCUUAUAGGAAUCUUCCAAGAGCCAUCAUCAUCUCGAUGCCGGUAGUCACAACGGUUUACGUAGUGACUAACAUAGCCUACUUCGUAGUUUUGAGCAGAGAGGAAAUUUUAUCUUCAGAAGCUGUUGCUGUCACGUUCGGAGAUAAGAUGCUGGGGAUGUUCUCUUAUUGUGUGCCAAUAUUUGUGGCCAUAUCCACCUUCGGCUCUUUAAACGGUGCGAUCUUCGCUUCUGCCAGGUUGUUCUUCGUUGGUGCUAGGAAUGGCCAUCUACCCAGAGCUAUUGCUUUGAUAGAUGUCAAGAGGCUGACGCCUGUUCCAUCCUUGGUCUUCAUGUGCAUCAUAACAUUGGUAUUGAUAACGAUACCAGAUGUGUACGUCUUGAUAAAUUUCGUUUCUUUCGUGGAAGCCCUCUUCAUAACCAUGAGCAUCGUUGGACUGCUUUAUAUGAGGCGUACAAAACCUGACUUGAAGAGACCCAUAAGGGUCAACCUGAUACUGCCAUGCCUAUUUUUCGUCAUUUGUGCCUUCUUAGUUACAUUGCCCUGUUAUGUGACACCCAUGGUUGUUGGCAUAGCGACAGGUUUCAUCCUGUGUGGAAUCCCGGUGUACCUGGUGACAGUUGCUUGGAAAGGUCAACCUGAUUGGCUGAAGAUGGCAUUCACCAAAUUUAACGAUGGUUGUGCCAAAUUAUUUAUGUGCGUUCCUGAAGAAGAUUACAAGGAUCAAUGAAUCGGUUGUUUUUGAUACAUAUCGAGCUGUUAUGAGUGUUUAGACACGAUUUUUUCUAAAAAAAAUCAUUUUAUAUCGUGACUUCGAACUCUAUAUUAGUAUUGAGUAAUAGAUAUGAAAUGAUUAUCAUAGGAAAGUGCCUAGAUCUAUUUACAUUCGACGGAAUGAAUCGAUUGAUUUGAAUUAUUUCACACUGAUUAUGAUUAGGUGUUUUUUGAAUGAUUUCGCUGAUUCGGCUAAGUUUCAAAAGUUGCAUCGAUGCAGUAUUCUUGUUGUAUUACUUUGUAGUAACUUAUAUUUAGAAUAUCUAUUUAUUUUUUUCAUUUGUUGCAUUUUUCACCCUAUUUAUCUUUUCGAAAACGUAUAAUCAGUACAGGAGAGAAAUUGAUUAUUACUUCUUUCAUAGUUUCACUAUUGAAUAUGCUUGUUGCUUCAAACAUCACAUUGUUUCAUGAUGGUAAAAUUGCAUUUAUCCAGGUAUGCAGUUACUUUGCUCAUCUGGAGUAUUUAUGUUAUGGGGUUCUCCCUCUAUUGAGAAGAUUUUUUUUGCAAUUAGGACAUAAGGGGGACUGGCUGUGAAAAUAUUUUGAAAUAAUUUUUACUGUGUAAUAUCACUUCUGACUGCUCUCUUUUGAGAAAUAAUAAAAAAUAUCAGCUCUCACGGAAACACUUUUGAUAACACUUAGGUGCAUGACAAUAAUUGUUUUGAUAAAAAUUUAUCCAAUAUAUAGGUAGGUACAUAAAUAAUGUAGAUAUUUGAUUUCGUUUUCAUACGCAAUAACUAUAUAUUUCAUAUUGAAUUCUGAGGAAUACCUAUAUGUUAUAAAUAUGAGUUCUUCUUGUUAGUUUAUCUAUUAAUAAAUCUUUUUCUUAA